GUCAAUCUCAUCUUUUACAUUUGCACUUUGUAGUGACGAAUACAGUAAGAAGAAUUAGCAGCUGAAAAAUAUGUAACGUAAACAUGAACCAUAAGUGACUAAUGACUGAAAUGAAAGUGAAGUGUCGUGUUGAAAGAAUAUUACCUUAUUGUGCAAAAUAUUCCCCGAGGGAGGCGUGUUCUAGUGCCGCGUAGAGAGCGAAAGCAAAAAAACAUCCAGUUCAUUGUCUGCGAUAUAGGUUAACGAAUUGUCAAAUUGUAACUAGCGACCCUUUGCUACACCCACAAUUUAAUGCCAGCUUCUGACAUUUCCCAGUAAACCAACACAGAAAUGGCUACAUUUAAAGCUCGUGUUCUUUAUGACUUCCAAGGGGAGCCAGGCACCGCGGAAAUGUCGAUUUCCGCGGGUGAAACGCUGACAGUUACAAGGACAGACGUGGGUGAGGGCUGGUGGGAGGGCCUCAACUCCAAGGGACAAUCUGGACUGUUCCCUGAAGCGUACGUUGAACGUGUGACAACCUCGAACCCCCCUAACAUGCCUGCCCCCGUGCUUCCUCCUCAAGCGAAUGAUUGGGGUGACACCCAACCUCAUCAAGAUGAUGAUUGGGACGAUGACUGGGAUGAAGAUACUUAUUCAGAAAUAGCCAAUAACCGAGAACAUCCGAGAGACUCUAUAUACAGUAACGAGGUGAAUCAGAAUCAGUUUUCACAGGGGCAAGUGCAGGCUGAUAAUGUUUCAUUAGCAAGUAAUAAUAUGGCAGCCAUGGACAGUAAAGGAACUAUUACAAAGAAAAGUUUGAAUAUAUUUUCUUCGUAUGUUAAGUCAGGUUUAGAAGGAUAUAUUUUAGGUACCGGAAAAGAGUUACCAAUAGCGAACAAAAAAUUCCACAUCUACAGAGACAGCGAAGAGAGCUUAGCCCGAUGGGAGGUCCUAUCCAACCCUUACACAGUACAAAUCGCGUCCCCGAAGAAAGCCUCAAAAAUGGGAGGUUUAAAAUCCUUCAUCGCAUACCAGCUAACCCCAUCUUUUUCAAACGUCGAAGUCUCGCGUAGAUACAAACACUUCGAUUGGUUACAUGACAGACUGACGGAAAAAUUCAACAUCAUCGCAAUACCUCCUUUACCCGACAAACAAGUCUCGGGGAGGUACGAGGAGCACUUCAUCGAACACCGCAGGGCACAGCUGCAAGAAUUUAUAAAUUACAUGUGCCGGCACCCCGUUUUAUCGACCUGCGAAGUGUGGAUUCACUUUUUAACAUGCACGGAUGAGAAACAAUGGAAACAAGGCAAGAGGAACGCGGAACGUGACCAGUUAGUGGGGGCAAAUUUCUGCAUGUGCGUCGAGGCGCCAGAGAAAGAGGUUCUGUCCUCCGUGGUGGACCCUAAGAUAGACGAAAGCAUGAAUUACAUAGCUAAGUUGGAUCAGUGCAUCAAGAACCUCAUGCAGACGGCGCAAGACCAGCAGAAGAAGUCGGCCAACAUGUAUAAGAGGGAAUUUACGCGGAUCGGGGAGAGUUUCUUCGCGUUGGGAUCGGCGUUUGAAUAUAAUCAGCAGGGGAUGUACUCAAAAGCUUCCGUUGAUGUUAAGAGCAUCGGCUCCACCUACAUUAUGAUCGGCAAGCUAUAUGAAGAACAAGCCAAAAUUGAUUGGCAGCCCCUCUACGACAAACUCUACAUAUACAAAGGCAUCACGAACAACCUACCCGACAUACUGAACCUACAAAAACUCUCCGAGCAGAAGAAGAGGGAAUGCGAGAGAACAGCGACUCAGCAGGUAGCUCUGGCGGAUGUGCGGAGACGCGCGGACGUCCUAACUUACACCGUGUUUGCCGAACUCAGCCAUUUCCAGAACGAGAGGGACACCGACCUCAAGCUCACCAUGAAGACCUUCCUUCAGGAGCAGCUAAAUUUCUACAAGAACAUUGUUAGUAAGCUGGAGGAUACACUGGGGCAGUUCGAUUAAGUUGUUGGUCACGUUGAAAUGGGGUGGUUCAGUGCGUCGGUGCAGGGUGGCUGUUAUUUUCGUUCGGGAAGCCGGUUAGCGGUAGAUGAAUUCUUCAUUUCGUAGAUAAGUAGCUUUAAUGUUGAAAAAGUAGCUUUAACGGUUCAGCUUUUAUAUAAUUUUAUUUAUUUAAUUAAUAUUUGAAAUUCGCGCUUUUUAGAACAUAACUAUGGAAAAUUUUUUAAUAAUUGUCAAAGGAAUUGCCAAAUGAAUAUAUCUUGAAAUUUAGUAAAAAAUUUAUGUCAUAACAUUCCCUGCAAUUAAUAUAAAUUUUGAAAAAAUUAUUGUAGCAAAGUGUAUAUAAUAAACGCUCUGUAGAAGAAGAAAAACAGAUAAAACAUUGAUUGAGGUUAUGUUUAUAAUAACUAUAAUGAGUUUGUCUAUAGAGGAAGAAGAAGAACUGGCAAUAAUUGAGGUUAUGUUUUGGCAACAAUUGUUUUUAUUUCUUUUUUUGUUAAUCGAUCGAAUGGUACAUAUCUAUGUGCCUCAAAAAGAAAUAACAGAAAUAUAGGUAUAGAAUUUUAUACUCUAUAUAUAUAUUUUUUUUGGAAGAAUUAUUUAAAUUCAAUUUCUAUCUUUUUUUUACUUUUAUUUUAACUGCUAUUAAAUAAUUAGUUUCUACAUACAGUAUUAAACAUGAAUUGCGCAAAAGACUAUUUUGUAAAAAUUUAUGUAAAUUGCAACAAGUGGAAAAAUAGUUUUAUUGCAGUUCGGUACAAAAAAAUGCAUUAUUGAAUGUUACAGAUUAUUUCACAUCAAAAAUUUGGGAGUAAAUACAUACAGUUUUGUCCUUUAAAAAUUAGGAUAACCACUAAAAAAUUUUUUUUGGGUACGAUUUUGUGUAUAUAUAAUUUGUUUGUCUGAAAAUUGUGCCCAUCUAAAAAAUCAUAGCAGGCCUUACUAGGGUGGCCCAAAAAAAAACGAAUAAUGAAUAUUUUUUUCAUGUCUUGUGAAAAUUUGUUAAUUUAUCAUGUUUUA